UCAAGAUUCAGAUUUCUCAAGUGUGAUUGCAUCCCAAGAGCCUCAUGAAAAUCACAGAACUGAAGUUCUAUUUGCUCAAGUUCUUUAUCACAGGUCCACUGCAUAUUUUUGCUGUUCAGUGUGACCAGCAAGCUUGCCGAUUCAUCUCAUUCCAAAAUCAAACUGUGGAACUUUUACAUUAACAGCAGUCCAAGGGUAUGUUCAAUACCCAUAAACCUUUUCUUCCUGUUUGAAGCCCAUUUCGUCAAAACUGAUGAUGGUAGUUUAUCUUUUUUAACUCAUCUUUGCCGAUGGCAUUAGGAUGCAUCAAGAAUUCAUCAAGAUGAUUAAAGUUUUGAAGAAAGAAAAGUUAUGGUUCAAUUUCUCACUGGUAAUAGUGCAAUGUCCACUCGUUUUCCACUACACGUUGACAUGAUGAAUGUUGGCUACUUUUUAUCCCCUUGAGGUGUCCAAUGUUUUCUCCUUUCAAAGCACCCAUCAUCAAAGCACCUCCAAACCUCUAUCCUCUGACUGAGACAAAUUCAAGAAAACAAACCAAACCCAGAACUCGGAUCACAUCAACGCUAAAAUCAUUCCUAGAUUUAAAGCCUGAAUCAAAGCCGGAGUUCUCAACUUUCGACUUACCUUUUCAUGACAAAUCCGAGCGCGUAAAAUACGACGUAAUCAUCAUCGGUGCAGGUCCGGCUGGUCUUCGUUUAGCUGAAAGAGUCUCUGGGUAUGGAAUUCGAGUUUGUUGCAUCGAUUCUUCACCUCUUUCCAUGUGGCCUAAUAACUAUGGAGUUUGGGUUGAUGAGUUUCAGAGUUUAGGUCUUGAAGACUGUUUGGACAAGACAUGGCCGAUGACUACUAUCUUUCUUGGUGAUCAGAGAACUAAGUACCUGGAUCGUCCUUAUGGACGCGUUAAUCGUAAGGAUCUGAAAACAAAGUUGCUAGAAAAAUCGGUAUUAAACGGUGUCAAGUUCUUCGAAUCCAAAGUGUGGAAUAUUGAGCACCAGGAAUUCGAGUCCAUGGUAAUAUGCGAGGAUGGGGUGGAACUGAAAGGGAGCUUGGUUGUUGAUGCAAGUGGAUUUCGUAGUCCUUUCGUGCAAUUCAAUGAAUCAAGAAACUAUGGAUAUCAAAUUGCUCAUGGAAUCUUGUCUGAAGUUGAUGAACAUCCAUUUGAUCUAGACAAAAUGGUUUUAAUGGAUUGGAGAGAUGAUCAUUUAGGAAAUGAGCCAGUUUUACGAGGUAAUAACAAUAAGCACCCGACGUUCUUAUACGCAAUGCCGUUCAGUUCAAAUUUGAUCUUUCUUGAGGAGACUUCAUUAGUAAGUAGACCAGCUUUAUCUUACACUGAAGUGAAGAACAGAAUGGUUGCCAGGCUAAGACAUUUAGGGAUCAAAGUAAAGAGAGUGAUAGAAGACGAAAAAUGUUUGAUUCCCAUGGGAGGACCUCUUCCUAUCAUACCUCAAAGUAUACUGUGCCAUGGUGCAACAUCUGGUUUAGUACACCCAUCGACUGGUUACAUGGUGGCUCAAACUUUAGCUCGAUCAACACUACUGGCAGACGUGAUUGCUGAAUGUCUAGGAUCAACAAGAAUGAUUAGGGGGUCUCAAAUGCAUCAAAGAGUUUGGAAUGGUUUAUGGCCUAUGGAUAAAAGAUGCAGUAGAGAGUAUUACCGUUUUGGAAUGGAAACUCUUUUAAAACUCGACUUGAAAGGAACCAGAAAGUUUUUUCAUGCUUUCUUUGAUUUGGAUCCUUAUUAUUGGCAAGGUUUUUUAUCUUCUAGAUUAAACAUUAUGGAGCUUGGGAUGUUGAGUUUGUCUUUGUUUAGUUAUGCUUCAAAUAGUACUAGGAUUGACAUUGUUACCAAGUGUCCUUUGCCUUUGGCUAGAAUGAUUCGUAAACUAGUCAACAGUGCAAUCUAAUCUGUACAAGAGCAAUGAGCAAUGAUAUACUUGUCUUCCUCCAGAGAAAAAAAAAUAUAAAUGUGUGUUCUGU